AUGGAGGACGAGUUGAUGAGAGUCGACUCAGGAGAGUCGUCAGCAUCAGUCAUCUCCGCAAAUUUUUACGAUGGGGAUAUCGAUUGCGUCGACCAUUAUCUUGAGGAGGCCGUCUCUGUUUCUCACUCGUCCUCAACAGGCCAUAAGGAUACGCCAUCCAGCCUUCCUUCAAGCCACAUAAGUGAUAUUGUCAGAACUGUUGAUCCAAUUUGGAGAAACGCCAUCUCAGCCUGUAUGAUUGACCCUUUUGGGACAUUACCAAUAGAGGUCGAUGAUGUGACCAACCAGCUACUUCACUUCUAUGGCCAGCAAAGCUAUUGGCAGACUGCUUAUGCAUUAUCGCCAAGCGUAAAAGUCAGCAUGAAAGGAUCUUGGGAAUAUCAAGCAGGUAUAUCAACUACGCAUUUUCAUAUCUUGAUGGCCCGCUCAGCCUUACAUCAGCUAAGGAUGAAUCGAUGGGCUGCCGGAACAACUCGAAGGCACCUACAGUAUGCAGCGGCAAAGCAUCAGGCCGAGGCGGUGACAAUAUUGAGAACCAACGUCGCUCGUGGGAAUGAAGCAAAUAUCAAAGAAAUACUGACUUCGGUCAUCAGUUUGGCCACCUUUGAACAACGAUAUGGAAGUCGUGAGAAGGCACUCAUGCAUUUCAAAGCCGCCAGAGAUCUGUUCAAACAGCUCGGUAUCGGUGAGGGCGUUGAUGACCGCCUACGAGAGGAACAAGCACUGUGGUUCGAGGGCAUCUAUGCAGACCCUGGAGCAAGCUUCAUGUGGAGCACAGAGGAUGCUAGUGAAAGGUUAACCUGGCUGACAACUCUUCUCGACGAAGUAGACCGUAUCUGGAAGGAUCAACAACUUUUACCCAUCAAUGCCAGGAGUGCUGUUGUCCCUCCAGAAACUCGACUGCGAGAAUUCAUAUCAAGGGAUACUGCAGGAAGAAUUAUUGGUGCGUACGGUGACAUUAAUGAGGCUGCCUUGCAAAUGAGAUGCCUUCUCAUCCUCGUUUCGGUCAUUACCAACCUGCAUGUUCAGUUCGGAAGCAAGAAGCAUGCGCCUGGUGCUCCGAAACUUCAAGUCGUCGUUGCCGCAGCCCAAGGCUAUGCCAGCUGGGUUGAGGAUAUGCUGAUCCACAACAAAUUGGGUGAAGACCAAGCGCUUGCCGACAUGUUAUGGAUCAUGCUACAAAACUUUCGUGAUAUGAAACCCCGAAUACCGAACGGACUAGCUUCACAGGCCCUGAGUAAGCUCAACAUGCAACACUGUCACUGGCAUGCUUGUGGCACAGCCAAUAUUGUCAAAUAUAUGCCUGAGCAUCGACAACUGGUCCUGCGGGAUUGGUUGUUGGCUUUUGUUUGUGGACGACGAUAUACUACCAAGAUCAAAUUGAAUGACUUCAUUUUCAGCUACACCGAUUUUGGGGUGACCUUUGGGGCAAGCAAGAUCUAA